AAAUGUGUGAUACGUUUUCAGUCAGUUUACUGUAUAUUGUUGUGAAAAAUCACGUCAAAUCUUAAUAACUAUUCACAGUUGUUUAUCCGUAUGAUUAGGGGUGGUUAGGCUAUUGUCAAAUAAUACUCGGAAUGAGUACGCAUAUUAUAAGCAACAGUUGGGUUACUUUUUCGAUUAGGAAUGAAAAUUUAUAUUAAAAACCCUUUCGGUUUCGUUUGGAUUCGGAAAUAUAUUUCCUUGACGCGUCAGAGCGAAGUCAAGCUGUAUUUUCGCUUUCAAAUUUUAUUAAGAUACAGUACAUUCUUAUAUUUGAUUUAAUCAUUAUGGCACUUUUCGACGUAAGUGGUUAUAAAUCGCACGCGGGACUUCGUGGGCAGAUUCUUGGAACAGGAGUAGGGCAUCUUGUUGACCGACCGAAUCAGGAAUUUGCUGUCCCAGUUGGAGUGGAUCCUUCAGGGUUCCUGAAGUCAUGCAGCCGUGAAGGUGGGGUGUCCAUUGAUCUGAAUCACGGAACAACUACACUGGCUUUCAAAUUUCGCCAUGGCGUCAUUGUGGCUGUGGACUCCAGGGCCUCAGCUGGCAGCUACAUUGCGUCGAAGGAGGCUAACAAGGUGAUAGAGAUCAACCCUUACCUGCUGGGGACCAUGUCUGGCAGUGCUGCUGACUGCCAGUACUGGGAGAGACUGCUGGCUAAGGAGUGCAGGCUGUACAAACUGAGGAACAAGCAGAGGAUCUCAGUGUCUGCAGCCUCUAAGCUGCUGUGUAACAUGAUGCUGGGAUACAGAGGCAUGGGCCUCUCCAUGGGCAGCAUGAUCGUUGGCUGGGACAACAAGGGCCCUGGUUUGUACUACGUGGAUGAUAACGCCACACGUCUCUCUGGUCGUAUGUUCUCUACUGGUUGUGGUAGCAGCUAUGCGUACGGAGUGAUGGACAGCGGCUACCACGAGGACAUGACGGUAGAGGAGGCGUACGAGCUGGGCCGCCGUGGCAUCACCCACGCCACGCACAGAGACGCCUACUCUGGAGGAGUGGUCAACCUGUACCACAUGCAGGAGGACGGCUGGAUAAAGGUGUGUAAGGAGGACGUAUCAGAACUGAUCCACCGCUAUAGGAAGGGCAUGUUCUGAUCCCAGAUCAGUUUCUACACCCACACAGACACACUGUGUUCUCUAUCAACUGAUCCCAGCACUGCUCCAAAUAAAGACCGUUUUCAAACUGCAUCCUCUGGAUUGUUUAACCUGAAGGUCUUACAUGCAGUCACAACUUGCUGCAACUGUUACCAUUCCUAUUCAAAUGUACAGUAUGAUAAUCUACCAGUUAUGUACCAGUCCUAUUCAAAUGUACAGUAUGAUAAUCUACUAGUUAUGUACCAGUCCCAGUCAUUGGAAAAUGUUUGUAGGAUUGUUUAAUACAAUACUACAAACCUUGAUUUUAAAUUUCUCUGUAAAGUCUGUUGAGACUUGUGAAAUACACUUGACAACUUUGUGCCUUGAAGCGUUUUAGUCAAAUGUUUUAGCCUACUAAACAGUCGAAUAACAUAGCCGACAGUUGGAAGAAGUAAAAUUCAGAGUCCUUAUCGUUUUGUCGAGCGUAUCUGCUUCCAACAAACUGUUUCCUGAAACACAAAUACUUGUCCCAAACCAGUCGGAUGUGUUUGCCCAGGUGUCUUUUGGUUGGCAUAAUUCUGUAAAUGUCCACCUCAGUAUAGGAGUUCACUGUACAAAUGAAAUUCUACAACCAAAAUGUUUGUGAUAUCAGAGGAAGUUUUAAAUGAAUGCAAUGAAUUUGCCAUAAAACCUGAAGAAGCC